UCUACGGAAAGGAAGAUAGUUUGAUGAAAAUUAUGGCAGAUAGUGUGGCUACAGUAGCAGCCCCGGCGGCGGUGCCAGUGGCCAAGUCAGCCAAGAAGGCGAAGGCAGCCUCCGCUGGUUUGAAGAAGCCGAAGAAAGCAGCGACGCAUCCGCCAGUAAACACCAUGAUUGUGGCCGCCAUUAAAGCCUUGAAGGAACGCAACGGAUCUUCUCUGCAGGCGAUCAAGAAGUAUCUGGCCGCGAACUACACCACCGAUGUGGCCAAGCUCGCUCCGUUCAUCAAAAAGGCACUGAAGACGGGCGUGACCAACGGCAAGCUGGUGCAGACGAAGGGCAGUGGCGCAUCCGGUUCGUUCAAACUGUCCGCCGAGGCCAAGAAACCAGUCGCCGAGAAGAAGAAAAAGGCAGCUGCUCCGAAGAAGAAGCCUGCCACUUCUGGUGACAAGAAGAAAACGGCGACGAAGAAGCCGAAGGCCGCUGUCGAGAAGAAGAAAGUGAAGAAGGCUGAAGGAGCGAAGAAGGCGAAAACGGCUGUUGCCGCGAAAAAAGCGAAGCCAGCCGCAGCCAAGAAAACCGCGCCGAAGAAGUCAGCCACUCCGAAGCAAAAGUCUACGAAACCAUCGAAGAAAACGGGAGCGACCAAGCCGAAAACCCCGAAACCAAAGAAGGUUGGAGGUGUCGCGAAGAAACCAGUAGCAGCUGCCAAGAAACCCGCCGCGGCCAAGAAGUAAAGCGUGUUUUGCGGUAGACGCGGUCGAAUCGAGAAUUUCCCAUCGUUCUGUAAUUCGCACAACAAACCCCAACAGUCCUUUUCAGGACUACAGAAUCUAUAAGAGAAAGAGCAUUUUGGAAACUUUGACUUUAUUUUCAGCACUUGCAUCAAGCGGCAGUUACAUUACAUCCUACAGUAAUUAUGGGUCAACACAUCACAAAAUCACAUAAAUUAUGUUGUUUGUGUCAUUAUUAUUGAAACGGAUAAGUAUUUACUGGUACAAUGGAAUUACUUUGCCGGGUCGUCGAAGCGCACCAGCAUAAAGUGAUUUCGUGUUUACGAGUCAAAUCAAACUAAUGUAGUUCCUUUUGUACAAAACAUUUCCCUGACAAGCAAACGCUUUGGAGCCGCCAUUGGAGUGAAUUGUAAAUCGUAACGAAAUUGACAAGCAAAAACUUGUAAAAAUCUGGUAUUCGUUGUACAAAACAAUUUGCUCGCAAGUGCUUUCGGAAUGGCUAACAGGCUCUUUUACGGACAGCAUAAAUAAAUCUGAUCGUUUAAUUUCAUACAUAUAUAUUAUCAUACCGAACCGAUAAGGUAAACACACUGUGACAGAAAACCGUGGUUAAAGAACGACGAGGUUUCAGCAACAAGUAGCUGUGCGAAAAGCUCCCUAAAUUCACGUUUCACCUAUCAAUACCACCUGUACUGGUAAGUUGCAAAAACACUGACAUGCUAUAAAUCUUCCAUUGGACGAAGAGCAUUCUCCUUGACCGUUGUGGCUAACGGAUGUGUAUUGCAGUAACAUUCCAUUUGCUCACGCUAAUGCCUGGAAAGAUGGAAAAGGGCUUCACUCCUUAAAACGAAAUUCUAUGCUAAACGAAACUAUGUUUUAAGACGUUCUCUCUACACCAGUGUACACGAUGAAGGUUUACUACGUUAGUUACUAGUUACUAGGUUGGCUACACUACGAAAAACAUUAAAUAA